AUGUAUUAUAGAUGCCAUGAAUGUUGUAUUCUUAGUGUAAUUGCCGAUGAACAUUUGACCAUUGCUGCACUGCUUGAUCCCCGUUUUCAUCGAUUAACGACAGUUAGAAAUCUUGGAAAAUGUGUCCAAAUUUUGACCAGUAAAUAUAACAAAACGCAUCAACAAGGAGGUAAUGUGGCAGUGGCAAAAGAUGCAACAGAAAAUAAACCCGCUACUUCCACUUCACGGAAGUCAAAUUUGGAAAUAUUUUUUGACAUUCAAGACGAGCAGGUGCCAUCAUCUGCUCCGCAAGAAGAUUGCAACGUAGAAACGGACAUGAAACGUUACCGAACGGAGGUCUACGUAAAUUUAGAUGAAUCGCCGUUUUCGUGGUGGAAUAAAUUUGGACACAUGUAUGGAAGCUUAAAACGAUUGGCACCCAUAUACCAGUGCAUGCCAUGUGUUGUGAACAUGAAUUUUAAGAAGCCUGUCAAACAGCAAAUUUAUGAACAGCAUAAAAGAUAUAUGCUUACAGGCAAUUUAAUCGAUGCUAUUCUCUUCCUGCAUAAUAAUAACGAUAACAAGUUUGAUUAGAUACGAGAACAAUAACUGUUAAUCUUUUAUUAUUAGCAGUAAUUCAAAGUAAAUAAAGAUACGUAAGGUCGUAUAUGGACGGUUCGUCCUAAUUAUAAAUAA